CAUUAUUCCCGAAAUAUGGGCUUGGUUUUGUUGUUUUCACAUGAGAUUGCGUCACACCACAAAAUAUGCACAGAAGUAAAACAUAUCUGUCUUUCUCUACUUUUAGAUCACCAGAAAUUGGAGCGAGAGGCGAGAAUCUGUCGUCUGCUCAAACAUCCAAACAUAGUUCGACUUCAUGACAGCAUUUCAGAGGAGGGCUUCCAUUACCUCAUUUUUGACCUGGUGACUGGUGGGGAGCUGUUUGAGGACAUUGUCGCCAGAGAGUAUUACAGCGAGGCAGACGCCAGCCACUGCAUCAAUCAGAUCCUCGAGAGCGUGAGCCACAUCCACCAGCAUGACAUCGUGCACCGGGACCUGAAGCCAGAGAACCUUCUCCUAGCCAGUAAGAUGAAGGGAGCAGCAGUCAAGCUGGCCGAUUUUGGCUUGGCCAUCGAAGUGCAGGGGGACCAGCAGGCCUGGUUCGGCUUUGCGGGAACUCCAGGGUAUUUGUCACCAGAGGUGCUGAGGAAGGACCCGUACGGCAAGCCAGUGGAUAUCUGGGCAUGCGGCGUGAUCCUGUACAUCCUGCUGGUGGGCUACCCUCCCUUCUGGGACGAGGACCAGCACAAACUGUACCAGCAGAUCAAGGCUGGAGCGUACGACUUCCCAUCUCCAGAGUGGGACACGGUGACCCCCGAGGCCAAGAAUCUGAUCAAUCAGAUGCUAACCAUUAACCCUGCCAAAAGGAUCACUGCCGACCAGGCUCUUAAGCAUCCCUGGGUCUGCCAACGCUCCACCGUGGCCUCCAUGAUGCACCGCCAAGAGACGGUGGAGUGCCUGCGCAAGUUCAACGCCAGGAGAAAACUGAAGGGAGCCAUUCUCACCACGAUGCUCGUGUCCAGAAAUUUCACUGUGGGACGGCAGCACACCAGUCCCGCCGCCACAACCAGCACUGCCGCCAUGGCGCAGGAAGCUUGCAAAACCUUAUUAAACAAAAAGUCGGACGGCGUGAAGAAAAGGAAGUCCAGCUCGAGUGUUUGUUUGAUGGAUUCGCAGACCACUGUCGUGCACAACCCAACCGAGGGUACCAAGGGCUCAACGGAGAGUUGCAACAACGCCGAAGAGGAGGAGAUGAAAGGGCGCAAACAAGAGAUCAUCAAGAUGACCGAGCAGCUGAUUGAAGCCAUCAACAAUGGCGACUUUGAGGCCUACACGAGAAUCUGUGAUCCAGGCCUGACCUCCUUUGAGCCGGAAGCUCUGGGGAAUCUGGUGGAAGGCAUGGACUUCCACAAGUUCUACUUUGACAACUUAUUGAGUAAGAACAACAAGCCGGUGCACACCACCAUCCUGAACCCUCACGUGCAUCUGAUGGGCGAGGAUGCAGCGUGCAUCGCCUACAUCCGCCUGACGCAAUACAUGGACGCGCAGGGCCGCCCGCGCUCCUGCCAGUCGGAAGAGACGCGCGUGUGGCAGCGCCGCGACGCCAAGUGGCUCAACGUCCACUUCCACUGCUCGGGAGCUCCCGCCGCGCCGCUGCAGUGAACGCAACGCGUGCUCGUCUUCAACUCUUCAAGCUGUUUGGUGGAGCGUUGACUCUGCCGUGCCUGCGAGCAUCCUGGCCUGGAACGAGGGUAACAACUUACAAGCUGAGGGGGGCACAAUACAACAGUGGUGACAAUGUCAAAAGAGGGAAUAGACAAACACAAAAACAACAAAACCACUUAUUAAAAACAAUAACAACAAAACUAAUUAGCUUGACUGAAAGAGCAGGAGGCCCACUAACGGACCGGUGCGGUUCCUCCACGUGGAUGGUGCAUGUUUGCCGAGGGUGCGCGGGUUCAAUGCCGCCGCCCCGCCCCUGUCGUCUUGUCUGCUUGCCCGCACACACACACACACACACACACACACACACACACACACACACACACACACACACACACACACAAGGCGAAUUGUGAGGCACUAAUGAGAAAUUAGCAUAAAUGUCCGAUUUUGGACUUUGUUUAGUCACGUUACUUAAAGGGACCUUCAUUUUUUUAAUUAUGAUUAUUUUCUACUCUUAUUGGUGUUUUUUAUGUAUUUUAACAUACUUUGGGGAGUUUUUAUUUAAUGUGUGAAUUGAUAUGAUGUAUUGAUAUGCAAGAUGUACAGUGUGUGUGUGCAUGGGAAGCCGUUUGAGCAUUUAUUUUAUACUUGAUAUCCACGUUAAGCUCGAGUAUGCUCAUUGUUUUCACUAGUAAGGCAAUUCAGCACACAAGUAGAAUGACUGUGACUAGUCAAAAUAUUUCCAACUACUCGUGCUUUGUCCUCACUAGUCAGACAGUUCUACGCACUAGUACAACGGUCUCACGUUUUUUUCGCACAGAAAUGUCAUCGGGUGGUGAAUAAAACGUUCACCUGGACAAAGUCUUUCUACAAAGAACCAGUGUGCUGUAUUUCAAGCCAUUUGAUUAUUUAUUUGAUAUCCUUGACAUCCGCUUUAGCAUUCGCACACUAGUACGCUUGUUAUCUUGACUAGGAAGACAAUUCAACGCACUAGUAAAAUGACGAGAACACACUAGAAGAAAAACGUUUUUUGCUUUUUUUUUUUUAAUUAAAUCACUGCUUGUACCACGUUUAGCCUACCGGCAUUCAAUUAAACCAUACUAUUAAACUAUACAGUGUUGCACAAGUGACAAUGUUGUCCCAAUUAGUAGGCAUGCGUCAUGCACGAGCUCAGACUACAAGUAGUUUCACCUCACUAGUAAGUUACAUGUGGUUCGUCCUACUAGUUGUCCGACCUAGUGUGCGAAAAGACUUGUCUUUAUGGAAAGCUGCAUUUAUUCAAUAUCCUCGAUGUCCACCUCAAGGUCCGUGUAUUAGUACAACAUGCGUCCUCGCUCGUAUGACAGAUCAACGAGUAGGAUUUUUACCAUGUGUUGUAAUUUAUAUUUAUGACGUUUCUUUUUUCAAAAAAAUGCACCUGUUGCUGUAUCGAAUUUAUAAAUUAUUAUUAUUAUUAUUAUUACCGUGCAUAUUAUCAUCAUUAUGAAAAUCUGAUGUGGUUGAGAAAAAACGAGAGCAGAUUCAGAACUGGAGCAAAAAAAAAAAAAAAAAAGAAAAUCCUGAUGAAAAGUUCUCCGGUUAAAAAAGUAAGUUACAAAAAAAAAUAGUUGACUAUUUUGAAAGGCCGAAGAUCCACCGGUACGACGCGCUGGCAGAUUUCGUGUUCGUCACACUAUUUAGCAUGCGUACACGUACUAUUAGCUUCCUUGACUCCGCUAGUAGAAGCAUAAUGCUGUUUUUGGCUCGCUAAUAACAAAUAGUUGCCCACUGGAAUGCCAGUGUUGCCCUACUUGGGUGCAGAAAUGUCAUAAAGGGUUUUUUGGGGGGGGGGGGUCGUUCGAAUAGCGCACUGAAAUGUCUUGCUAAUGAGGGACAACGUGUGAACUCGUACAUGGACCUUAAGGUGGUUAUCAAGGAGAUGGAAUAAAUGCUCAAAAUAUUCUCCAUGUACUUUUGCGUCAGCAUGAUUCCCCGUCCACCGGCGUGGACUGUUUAUCCGACUGUUGUUCCUCUUCCUCCCUUGUCUUCAUCGUGAUGAUAAAUGAUGAUGUCAUCCACACCCCCGCCCCAAGUCUCGUGUUUCUUGUCCAUCUCGAGUUGCCGUACUUGUGUGUUUCGCUUCUACAAGCAUGUUUGUGGAUUGUCGGCUGAAACACGAGGCAAAGAACAAAAAAAAAACGAGAAAAAAUGU